CAGGAAUUAGUUGGAUUUUAAUUUCAUAUAUUACAUAAACACUCAAGUGUUAAUUUCCCUGUGCUACACCGUCAAACCUUCAAUCUCGAAGACUGAAUUGUGUUUCUAUAAGUUUGCUAGAGACGCCACCAACCCCUAAUGGGAAGCAUGGGAACAUACCACUCAACUUUGAACUGCGACCGCUUUGGGUUUCCGUUCCAAAACUGCUUUGGAUAUGCAGAGCCUGGAACCGAGUAUGAAAAUAACGCAACAGAAAAAAACACAAGUCAGCUUACUAGUAAUGGCAGUACUACAUCAGCAAACAGUAACCAUGUAUUGGUGGACAAUGCUCCUACGAAAAGAAGGAGCAGGAAACUGUCGAGAGCAAGAGACUCGUGUUGUACAGGAAGCACUGCUAUAGAUGAAGACUUCUCUUAUGACUUAUACAACCCACCUAAUCAUGUGCAGACUCGGAGUAAUUGUCGUCGUUUAGAAUCUGUCACCUCUCAUCACAGCAGUAACUCAGCUGCAGCACCAAGUGAUAAUGUUAAAGGAACUGACCUUGCCAUGGACAGCAGGGACAGCCACGUUGCAGGCAUUUUCCUCACAAGUACAGAAUCCAGUGUAGACCCCCCUACAACAGUCGCAACAGUUACAAACAACAAUGUUAAGGAUUCAGAUUGCUCUACCGUUGUACCAACAGUGCAUUGUUUGGUUUCAAGCCCUGAAAUUGAAGUCCAAGCAUUAGAAAUUCACCCCACGCAAGAAAAGUUAGAUGUUUCUAAAGUUGUAGUUGAAAAGAAGUCGCCCGUUCUCAGUGACACUAAAGAAGAAGAAAGCACUUCAUACUUUAGGUCUUUGGUUGUAAAGGAAACCGAGAAAUUGAAUGAUCUCAUCGAAAAGUGGAAUACACUGCCAAGUAAACACAUGAUACAGUGCCCCACUGACAUUCGAGACGAGAUUCGAACCGUGAUCGGCCAAACUAGGCUCGUGAUUACUGAGCGUUUCACGCAGUUCACAACCCUUAUCGAUAGGGCUGAUGGUAAGAACGGCUGCAGCAAAGACGACAGGCCAGUCUUACUUUCAGAUCUACGAGGUUUUUGGGACAUGAUUUAUUUUCAGGUCGAGGACGUUAUGUCCAAAUUCUCAGCCCUCCAGAAAGUAGCUGACGACGGCUGGAAACGUGCAGAAACCGACAAGAAAAAAACGGCGCCUGUGACGUCAAAGAAAACCGCGACAAAACGCGGCCCAAAAAAGAACACUGGUGCUGGUAAACCAAAGACACAAUCCGCGGAAGAGGAAAAAAAGAGGCGAGAAGCUGCUCGGAAGAGACUCGCGGAAGCUCGCAAAGCAGCGCAAGCAAAACUGAGCCAAGAAAAAGUUUCCCCGAGUUCCCUUGAAAUCCUUACUACCUCCUCUCUGCCUGGAAACAACAGCAAGAAUGUGGACGUUUCAAUUAACGCUGCAAACCCUACAGUGGUCCCUUGUCACCCUGAAACCCCUGACAGUACAACCACCCCAUCCCCAAACCCCACCCCUAGCCCCUCUGAGAAGUCACUUGAGUCAGUUGACGGCGACUUUCCUCGAGCCAGCACCCCCCGCAUCGAGUCUUCUUCUUGCUCCGUCUCACACGUCGCAAUCAGCGUCGAUUCCGCUUCUAUUUCCAGCGUCCCGUCUUCAGUGAGCCUGGUACACUAAAAAUUGGUCAAAACCAGUUGAAACUGACCAGGUCCCGGUCAAAACAGUCAAAUGUGGCCAAGUUAACGUCAAGACUAGUCGAAUCUGGCCGGAAAACUGCCCGGAUACGGUUUCGUGCGCUGGCCGGGUCCAGUUUCGUGCGGUUUCCACCAAACUCUUCAUUCUUCUUUACAGUGUUACGCACACAAUGUAGUGCGAGGUGCACGACUAUAUGGGCUCCAGUGCAAAUACUCCCCAGACAGCAGUAUCAGACAGCUGCUUUCCCACCCGGCAUACUCGCUGCGGUUAAUACAGACCGCAUUAUAUCCGUUAGCUUCCAGAACAGAAAUGACCUACAUUUAGACAACUACAAGAAUUAAUACACACGUCUGUUUGUCGCCUUUUAUAAAAAGUACCAAUUUUAUCGGCGAUAUACAAGCAGUUUUUAGUCACAACAAUUUACUGAGCUUUCCCAUUUCCUUGGUCUGGUAUUAUUUACCUUUUUUUAACUCGGGCCUUUUGAUUCACUGUGUCCGAUGCAAUUGAACAGUAUUAGGUUCUAAGGUACUUGUAGAAAAUCCAUCGACACUUAGUAGGCAAACUUGUAGUUGAAUCUCUUCGCUGUAUAUAUGCCGACAACCAGCAAACGCAGGUCGUUGGCUUGGCCUUUUUAGCUUUUUUUGGCAUUCCUAAAAACCUUUACUUACAGCUACCAAAGGAAACGAACCAUUGGUCUGAUAUUUCACCACUAUAAAGCUGGACAACUGUAGUACGAUUAAGUUGUUGGCGUCUCAUAUUGUACAGCGCUUGUUUUAUACACAUUUUAUAAAAGCGAGCGAAUUCGAAGAAAGAAAUACAAGUAUAUUAUCUUUA